CUCCGUCUCUCCUCCUCAAACGAAAUGACAUAAUAUGACAUUACAUAUUUAUAUCUGUCUGUGAACUAAAUAGAUCUUUCGUUGUUCAUAUCUCGUAGAAUUCUUUUUCGAAUUUAUUAAAACUCUUACAGGCAAGGCAGGGUCUUUCACUUGAAAUUUGUGAGUGUUGCGAACGGAUAAACAAAUCCUUUAUGGUUGAGUUUUAAUUUCCUAACGAGUUACUCAUGCAUUUAAAUUUUAAGCUAAAAGUGGCUAUAAGCUAGUUUUUUAGUUCUGUGUCAGUCAUUGUUUACACAAGUGCAAUAACAUUUAAUUGGAUUUUAAACCCUUUGCACGUAUCAUUUAAUUCAUUAUCACGACUCAUAACUAUGGAUUUGCCUGGGUCAAAAGACGAGAAAAGAAAAGUACCAAAGAUGUUAAAACAAAUUUUACAAUAUGAUGUCCAAGUUACAAAGAAAUUUGUCGAAAGGGCUAUGAAAGUAACUGCUUUGAGGUCAAUCCGUAACCAUGCAAAAUUGUUUGAGGUGUCCUGCCAUGGCAUUGUGUGGUUGGCAGGAUGGCUCAGUUUCAUUUGGUUAUUUGAUAACAAAGAUCUUUACCAGCUUCAAGUCAAUAUGCUUAUUGCUCUUAUUCUAGAUAUUAUUUUAGUAGCUGUUAUUAAAGCAUUUGUGAGGAGACGAAGGCCAGUACCAAUGAACAAACUGAUGGAGGUUGGCCCUGACAAAUUCUCCUUCCCAUCGGGCCACACCAGCAGAGCUGUUAUGAUCUCAAUCAUCCUCAUGUACCUAGAUCCCAUCUCAAUAUUUCUCUAUCCCCCACUUAUUGCAUGGGUAACUGCUGUGUCUGUAUCAAGGGUGCUACAAGAACGCCACUAUAUUCUGGAUGUUAUUGGAGGAGCUGGCUUAGGAAUUAUAGAAGGACUAUUAAUAUACAUCUUAUGGUUGUCACAGAGUACUUCAGCAAAUAUUCUGUCUUCCCUUUCUGAUGAAAAGAAAGAUGGUGGAGAAUAUCAUGUUUGAUAUGUAUUUGUAUAAUUUGUAUUUGAAAGCCUGUUCCUUUAUUACUGUAGAUCAUAGGCCUUUUUAUGACCAAUAAAAUAUUCUGAGUAUUGCUAUUUCAUGUUUGUGUUUGUUUUGGCAUUACUACACAGUGUUUGAUUAAGAUGUAGGCAUUUUUUGUCAAUACUAUUAUUUAAAUUGUAUCAUGAUGUCUCCUACGUACUUUAUUUUCAGUUAAUCAAUAUGAGCCUUGUUCCAGUUGGAUAUCAUUUUUAUGAAUAAAUCUGUUAAAUUA